GCUGGUCGGCCAGCGGAAGAAUAAAAUAUUAUUAGUUCAAGUUUAAUUCACUCUUGAGCAAAUAGCCAGAGAUAAGAAGAAAUGGCGAGCAAAGUCGCGAUCCUUCUUUUGGCACUGGGACAUCUUGAGGUUGCCCAAAGCCUUGCGAAGCCAGAGCCCGGAGAAUGUCUGGCGCCCACCUACAUGACCCGCUUCAGCGCCAAGCUCUUCCAGGGAAUGAUGAAGUUGGAGGAUCAAGACGGCAACGUUGUCUUUUCACCCUUCGCCGUGCACGCCAUGCUGGCACUGAUCUACAGCGCAUCGGAGGGUGAAACACUCAGCGAAGUGCAGCGGGUCGGCGAGUUCAACCAGCACCCUGUUUUCGUGGCCCUGGACUUCGAGCGACUGAUCAAGUUCAAGGAGCAUCUCCAGAGUGCCAAUCUAACUUGUGUCUCCAAAGUAUUCUACAACCAAAAGCUGGGUAAAGUCAAUUCCCGCUACGACGAGUUCUCCAAAUUCUAUUUCGAAUAUUGCACGAAGUCCGUGGACAUGGAUGUCGGCGAGAACAGGGUAAGAUGGUUACACUUCUGGACACAGAGAUUCGACAUUAGCUCCCCGAUGCAGGCGAUACUCACUCACCACGUAGAAUUUCACGGUUUCUGGAAGCACAAGUUCGAAAGAGGCAACUCGCGGAUAUCCAAAUUCCACCUCGCCAACGGUGAAACUUUCAAUGUAGACAUGAUGUACAACCACGAAGUCUAUGGCCUGGCCGAUCUGCCCGAACUGGACGCCACCGCCUUGGAACUGCCCUUCGAGGACAGUGCCACCAGCAUGCUGAUCCUGCUGCCCAAUCAGCUCGACGGACUGGCUAACCUCGAGGAGCAGUUGGCCCAGCCGGAGUUCGAUCUCAACCGGAUCGCCAACCGCCUGCACCGCCAGUCGGUCACGGUGGGCCUGCCCUGGUUCAGGCUCGAAUUCGUUUGUGACAUGGGCGAUCCUCUGAAGAAGCUGGGCCUCAAUCAGAUGUUCACGGGCAGCUCGAAGGUGACCAAAUUGCUCGAUCAGCCGGUGCGCUUGGACAAGAUCCUCCAAAGUUCAGACAUUUUGGUGGCGGAGUUGGGAACAUUAUAUUCGCACUCUUCGGGUCCAGAUCAUGCCAAGUCACUUCCUGCCAAUUCCAAGGAGUUCGUCGCUAAUCGGCCAUUCGUCUUUGCCAUCCGCACCCCCAACUCAGUGUUGUUGAUGGGUCAUGUGAAGAAGCCUAAGUAAGCCUUUGUUAAGUAAAAGAUAAACUUAUAAAAAAAAACUGAACCGCUAACCAAUACCCUACAACCCAUUUUGAGCAACAAAAAGGUUCACGCAAUUCUUUGUAUAAAUAAAGAUUCAAUAUCAGGAUUAAGAUCCGAAAUCAGAAUAAACAUCUAGAACAGGAUUAACAUACGAGAUCAAAAUAA